UUCACUGCCACGUCUCUAUUCGUAUUCUGUUCCACUUGACUUAUGUACUGCUCACUAGUACCGACUAACCCACAUCGAAAACUCACUUGUCGAUCACCCGGACUUUCCACCACCGACCGCUUUGAGCACCUGGCUGAUGAUGCGUUCCAGGGCGAGGAGGUUUUCGGGACAAAACAAGGAGUCACGGCGCUCCAAGCUCUUUGUCGGGGCGGCCUCGAUGAUCGCAUCCUGGCGACGGACUGAGCUGGCAGCGCUGGAGAAGCACUGGUCGUACAGGUCCCAGGUCUGGUUGUAGAGGGCGUAGUUGACGCCUCCGGAAAUGAAGUCUGAUAUCCAUCAGCGAUACUCUAACCGCCGGGAGACGGGACCACGCACUGAAGAGAGAUCCGUCGGCGCCGACAUUGACGGAGAAGCCCGAGUCAAUGUCGAUGCAGCCGCUGACCUGGCCAGAUGUGUUGUUGCCCGUCACCUGAGAGCCCGAGGAGGCAUCGAAGUUUGACAGGCCAAUAAUGGCAUCGGCUUCGAGAUUGAGGUAGACCCCGGCUGAGGCAAGGCCAGAAAAGACAUCAAAACCAAUAUCCAGCUCUGGGAUCAGGCUAGCGGUGACGGUCGCGUUGGCCUCCAGGCCUGGCACGACCGAGAGUUUGAAGUCUGGGAUGACUGAGCCUCGCCACUUCAAGGAAGAUCAAUACACUUACUGCUAUUAGCCGGCGUGACACCGGGGGCAAUUUUCUGGAUACCCGGGAUGUCGUAUCCGGCGAUCGGAACAGUGAAGAGGGCGAUCUUUCCGGUCGAAAAUGUCCCCUGGUCUCACAGCGUGCCGAUGAUACUGCCGUCGAGUCCCGCAGAGACCGAGAACUGGCUAACGUUGGAGGGGAUGACUGUCCCACCGAUGUUGAGUCCCAACGUCACCGACGCGUUCACGUGGAUGCCAAACUGAGUCGACACAGAGGCGUUGAAUCCAUCGCACGCAAUCGACUCCGAAGAAAGCGGGAAUGUCUCGUCGACGAUAAUGGCCGGUCUGUGGCUUCGAACCGGGGGACGCGCUGGACUUACACCUGGGGAUUCACGGCAGCGAAAUCGACGUCUAUGCCAAUCAAAUAGACAGUGCCGAUCGUGGAUCCGGCCUGGCUCGACGAAACGUUGGCACCUGCAGGGAUGCUCUGGUCCGGGUCCACAGUCGCAUUGACGAUGCGAGCGAAGGGCGCCGUUCCACACUGAAGUCGCAGUCAGCCAACAUCAACAGCUAACCAGGAAGAGAUGCAGCACGCACCGUCUCAGGCAGCCGCACAACCGUAUCGACCGCGCCUUGACCUUCAAAGAUGUGCUCGCAGGCUUCAGACUGGCAGACGGUCAGACACGGCGUUGCUCGCUCCCGACUGCCGAUGGAAGUCAUUAAGACGAAGCGACACAGUCACACAGAUCAUAGCAGACCCACCAGGUAAAUGCUUGCACCCCCGUCGGGAAGGUCAUACGUGCAGGUACCGUUGCACGCGACAUCCCAGUCGUUGGCUGCAGCGACGUUCCCGGCGAGAAGCACAGCGAGUAGGGAAAGUCCAGCAGGAGCGCCCAGCAUAUUCGUCAGUCGAAAGUCCUGGUGCGAGUAGAAUGAUCUCUAGUCUUUCCGAAUCGCUGUCUUUUAUAGGCCCUCUUUUUGACACGCACGACGAGGGAAUCGACACCAAACAAGAAGCGCUAAUCACCCAUCGAUUACCGUUUGCGGCCAACAACUCGCCGCGGGAUUGAUACGCCCGAGAAAAAA